CGCUGGGGCAGCGUCCGACAUGGCGGCGGCCGCGCUACCCUUGCGGAGGGCCUUCCGGGCAGGCCUGGCCGUGGCGAGGGGCGGCGGGCCCGCGCUGGGGAGGCGCUACGGCGUGGUGACGUCCCCGACGGGCGAGAAGGUGACGCACACGGGGCAGGUUUAUGAGGAGAAUGACUACAGGCGGGUUCGAUUUGUUGGGCGACAGAAAGAGGUGAACGAGAACUUUGCAAUUGAUUUAAUUGCUGAGCAGCAAGUGAAUGAAGUGGAAAGUCGAGUCAUUUUCUGUGACGGCGGUGGUGGAGCUCUGGGACACCCCAAAGUGUAUAUAAACUUGGACAAAGAUACGAAAACGGGAACAUGUGGUUACUGUGGUCUUCAGUAUAAGCAGAAGCAUCAUCACUGAAAUUGUCUCAUCAUGUCCUUCAGAGCUGUUAGCCUUUUUGUGUUAUAUUAUUAAAAUAUAUUUAAAAGAUGA